AUGGGGCGUCUUGGCGUAUCAACUCUCCUCCACCUGCUGCUGGCGCUGCCCGGGGCGCGGGGCGUGCUCCCCACGGGCGUUUUGUCGCUAGAUCUGCUGCCGCAGACGCCGCACGAGCCCCCCGCCUUCGCGGAGCAGCUGUGCUCGCCCAGCGCCGCCGCCGGGUGGGGCGUCUCCCUGCCGGCCCGUCACGAUUCCCGCUGGAAGACUUUGCUGCAGCUCCCGACUGACAACCGCGACGGGUGCGCGUCCUACCAGCUCCCCAGUGACGCUGCAACGUCGGUGCACGGUGCCGUGGUGGUCGUAGAUCGAGGCAACUGCUCGUUCGUCGCCAAAGCCCAAAAGGCCCAAGCGGCGGGCGCCAAGGGAUUAAUCGUCCGAGGCACGAAGCGAGCGGUGUACGAGGCCGUGAUGACGAGUGUCGCCAAUCUGGCGGUGGUGGCCAAACCCGUGUUCGAGUACGACUGCAGUCGAGGCGAAGCGUUCGUGGAUCAAUUGGCCACUCCAGUGUGGCAGACAGACGCGGAGGAGUGCAGUGGCGACCACCGCUGCGCCUCCAGGUCGUGCGUGCUGACGGGCCACACGGAGCUGCAGGAGAGCGGCAAGAAGCACCAGGUGUGCUGCAUGUGGGACACGUUCGUGCUCAUGGGCGCCACGAACCGGUCGGUGACCAAGGAGCUGGCCAUCCCCGUGGUGUACGUGACCGUCGCCAAUGGCCAGAAGUUGCAGAAGGCCAUGGAUAAAUACCCGACGUCGCUGGUGGCGCGGACGUAUCGACGUGAACUGCCGCUCAUCGACUUGUCGUCACUGUUGCUGUGGGCUAUUGGCGUGGUCACGGCGCUGGGGGCGACGCAUUACUCGGCCAGGCCUCUGCGACGACGGAGCGAGAACAGCGAGCGCCAGGAGGAAAUCUGGGAGCUGGACGCCAGACACGCAAUAGGGUUCAUCGCUCUAGCUGGGGUGUUUCUGACGGUGUUCUACUACGUGAAGAUUGGCGGCGCGAUCCCGGUGCUUUUCGCGGUGUCGGGUGCUGUUACGCUCACUCAAGUGGUAAUGACGCCUGCAGUGGAGAGGUUGAUGCCGAGCUCGGGGAUCCGGGAAGUAACUGUGCCGUUGCUGGGCGACACUGCACGGCUGUCGGAGGUACUGGGUCUCAUCCCGAGUGUUACGAUCGUUGUGGUGUGGUACCUGCAUCGACGCACGUUCUGGGCGCUGCAGGAUAUCAUGGGGAUCUCUCUCUGUUUCGUGUUCCUCCGCACGGUGCAGCUGCCGAACCUGAAAGUGGCUACGGUACUGCUCACGCUAGCGUUCUGCUACGACGUCUUCUUCGUGUUCCUGUCGCCGAUUUUCUUCGGCUCGAGCGUGAUGGAGGACGUGGCUACUGGCGGGCCAGCGGCAUACACGAAGAGCGGCUACCCAGGUGUCGACUACUGCGAGCGCUACCCGACGUACCCGGCGUGUGUGGACCCUGAGCCCAUGCCGAUGCUUUUGGUGCUGCCGCGCGUGCUGGAUUGGGCUGGAGGAGUCAGCAUGCUCGGGCUCGGCGACAUCAUCUUGCCUGGGAUGCUCCUGUCGUUCACACUCCGCUUCGACUACUCGCAGGGAUCCACGAACUACUUCCGUCUGAUGGCCGUCGGCUACGCAGUUGGCCUCGCGCUUGCUAAUCUGGCCGUCAUGAUCACGGAGAUGGGCCAACCUGCGCUCAUGUACCUCGUUCCAACGACGCUGGGCACGCUGAUCGUCGCGUCCAAGAGGAACGGCGACUUCCGUGCGUUGUGGGUCGGUGCAGGAGUCGACGAUGACGACUCGUCCUGCAUGAAGCGGCGAAGCGGUGACGGCCCCGGAUACCGAGCUGUCCGAUCGGAGGAGCCACCGACAGGAAUCGUCAUUGGCGAUCCGAUAGGCCGAGUGAACGACAAUUCGCGAGGUGACCAUGUGCCACUGCUGAGCUCUUCAAGGUCUUAG